UUUAUUACAUAACUAACAUAACUCUACUCUUUACUCCCAUUCAGCUUUUCAAAGUAAUGUAACUAACACAGGAGUCUGGGAAAGGCUUGCAUUGUAAUUACCCCCAAUGUCAUCAACAUUUCCCCACUGUGCUGGCACGAAUUCCCAGCCGUUUAUUUCCUGUCCUUUUCAUGCUGGAGGGAGGCUGGAUUUGGGACGCAGGUCUUUGGGAGUCCCAUGGAGCAAAGUUUUUGACCGAUGUCCAGAAGCCAUAACUACACUUUUUUCUCAGGCGUGUACAGUAGUGCUGAACUUUGAUGCUGCUUCUGAAUGCAGCCGGUUCGUAGAUUGUUUGUAAAUUGUGUUCGUGCGUUCUUGGUGACUUUGUCCGCUGCUUUCCCCAUCAUGUUUCAAUCCUCCAGCCGGAGUCAGUUCGUUUAAACUUAUGCUCUUGCAACGUUGAAGACUCUUAAGAAGACCAUUGAAAUGACUGAGGAGAGCAAAGCCGACCACGCUGCCCAAAGUGGGAAAGAUUUAGAGAAACAGCUCCGUUUGCGAGUUUGUGUUUUGAACGAACUUCUGAAGACCGAACGGGAUUAUAUUGGGACGCUGGAGUUUCUCUCGGUACUUCUUCAUCGCCUCAAUCAGUAUGCUGUGUCUAAAAUUGAUAAGAAUAUCACAGAGGAAACUGUCAAGGUGCUGUUUUCUAACCUGGAAGAGAUCCUGUCUGUGCACAGGGACUUCUUGUCCAUGGUCGAAGAGCUUCUGCAGCCCGACCCAAACCCGUAUCAUGAAGUGGGCUGCUGCUUCCUGCACUUUAGAGGAAGGUUUCAGAUUUACGACGAGUACUGUGGGAAUCAUGAGAAAGCCCAGAGGCUUCUGCUGGAGCUCAAUAAGAUCAGGACAGUACGCACACUUCUGCUGAACUGCAUGUUGCUGGGCGGCAGGAAGAACACAGAGGUUCCUUUAGAAGUCUACCUGGUUGCACCCAUCCAGAGGAUCUGUAAAUACCCAUUACUCCUGAGAGAGCUGCUGAAAGGAACCCCAAAGAAACACAACGACUACUUGAUGGUGCAGGAGUCGCUGCAGGUGAUGAAAGCCGUUUGCUCCAAUAUCAAUGAGGCCAAAAGGCAGAUGGAGAAACUGGAGGUGCUGGAAGAGUGGCAGUCUCAUAUUGAGGGCUGGGAGGGCUCCAACAUCACAGACUGCUGUACGGAGAUGCUCACGCAGGGAGUUCUGCUGAAGAUCUCUGCAGGGAACAUCCAGGAACGCAUCUUCUUCCUCUUUGACAACUUGCUGGUGUACUGUAAAAAGAAGAACAGGUGUUUAAAAAACAGUAAGACGGCCAAUGAGGGUCCUCGUUACCUGUUCAGAGGCCGGAUCAACACAGAGGUCAUGGAGGUGGAGAAUGUGGAUGAUGGAACAGCGGAUUACCACAGCAGCGGAAACAUCGUGAACAACGGCUGGAAGAUCCACAACACAGCGAAGAACAAGUGGUUCGUCUGCAUGGCGAAGACGCCCGAGGAGAAGCAGGAUUGGCUGGAGGCCAUUUUAAAAGAGAGAGAAAGACGAAAAACUUUGAGACUGGGCAUGGAGCAGGACACCUGGGUGAUGAUAUCUGAGAAAGGCGAGAAGCUUUAUAACCUCAUGAGUAAACAGGGCCACCUGAUAAAAGACCGAAAGCGCAAACUUACCACCUUCCCCAAGUGCUUCCUUGGAAGUGAGUUUGUGUCGUGGCUGAUGAAGAUCGGAGAGACCAAUAAUCCUGAGGAAGGGGUUUAUUUGGGCCAGGCUCUUCUGGAAAACGGCAUCAUCCACCACGUUACAGACAAGCACCAGUUUAAGCCAGAGCCGGUGCUCUAUAGGUUCCGCUAUGAUGACGGCACAUACCACCCUCGCAGCGACAUGCAGGAUGUUAUCUCCAAGGGUGUGAGGCUGUUCUGCCGGCUCCAUAGUUUAUUCACACCGGUGAUCAGGGAUAAGGAUUAUCAUCUACGAACAUAUAAAUCGGUGGUGAUGGCCAACAAACUGAUAGACUGGCUGAUAGCACAGGGUGACUGCCGAAACAGAGAAGAGGCGCUGAUCUUGGGGGUGGAGCUGUGUGACAAUGGAUUCAUGCAUCAUGUUUUGGAAAAAAGUGAAUUUAAGGAUGAGCCUCUUCUGUUUCGUUUCUUUGCUGAUGAGGAGAUGGAGGGUUCCAACACCAAACACAAGCCCAUAAAGCAUGAUCUUAAAAUAGUGGAGAAUGUCAUCGCCAAGUCGCUGCUGAUAAAGCCAAGUGAAGGGGGUUAUGGCUUCACGUUAGAAGAUCGAAACAGAGUUCUCAUCGUCAAAUCAGUGGAGAAAGGUUCUCAUGCUGAGAUGGGUGGUCUGGAAGUGGGGAAAAAGAUCUUUGCUAUUAAUGGGGACCUGGUCUUCUUGAGACCAUUCCACGAUGUGGAAAACUUCCUAAAACAGUGCUUCCACAGCAAACGUCCCCUCAGAGUACUGGUCAGCACCAAACCCAGAGAGACUGUGAAGAUCCCAGACUCUGCGGACGGAUUGGGCUUUCAGAUCCGGGGGUUUGGCCCAUCUGUGGUGCAUGCUGUUGGCAGAGGCACAGUUGCCGCAGUCGCAGGCCUUCAUCCAGGUCAGUGCAUCAUUAAAGUGAACGGCAUCAAUGUGAGCAAAGAAAGCCACGCCAGUGUCAUUGCCCACGUCACAGCCUGCAGGAAGUACCGGCAUCCCACACAACAAGACUCCAUUAAAUGGGUGUACAACAACAGCGAGAGUGCUCAGGAAGACCACCAGAGAACCAAUCAGAAGCCCUCCGCAGGGGAGAAGGGAGAUGUGUUUGAGUGUAAAGUUGAAGAAGUCAUGGACAAGUUCAACACCAUCGCCAUAAUAGACGGAAAAAAAGAUCACGUCAGCCUGACGGUGGAUAACGUGUAUCUGGAGUACGGCGUCAUGUACGAGUACGAUAGCACGGCUGGGAUGAAGUGUCACGUCUUGGAGAAAAUGGUGGAACCAAAAGGCUUUUUUAACCUCACGGCCAAGAUUUUAGAAGCUUUGGCCAGGAACGAUGAGCAGUUGGUGCAGACUUGUAGUCGAGUGAACUCCAGCACAGAGCUCAUCUCUGAGGACCUGCAGACCAGAUUCAGUGCCAUGUGCGGCGAGAGACUGGAGCACAUCAGUCGAAGAAUCACCAAUUACAGGAAGUUUUCACGGGUUUUGAAGAACAGGGCCUGGCCCACAUUCAAGCAGGCGAAGAGCAAGGUUUCCCCUCUACACAGCAGUGACUUUUGCCCCACCAACUGUCACAUCAACGUAAUGGAGGUGUCUUAUCCCAAGACCACUACUUCUCUUGGAAGUGCCUUCGGAGUCCAGCUGGACAACAGGAAAAACACUCUAGAGAAAGGAGGCCGCAAUUCAGAGCAGGGCAAGCUGAACCCCAUGGUUUAUGUCCAGCAUAGUAUCACAAGCAUGGCCGCCCCAUCAGGACACAGUCUUAGCAGGGCAGAAGGUCACGGUCUGCGCUUCCUGCUCCGGGAGGAUGAACUGCUCACCCUGGACGCCUAUCACAAAAUGCUGACAAAACUCACCACUGUCGUCAAAGAGAUGGAGUCCUACACCACCCAGAUUCACGAUUUGCUUUCCUCUAUCACACGUCCCACAGGGUCUGGAGGGAAGCCCACUGAGAGCUACAUUUCGGCUGAGAGUGAGAGCGAGAAAAGUGAACGCAAUGGGAAGAAAGUGUGUUUUAAUGUCACCGGAGACGAGCAGGAGGACUCGGGUCACGACACCAUCAGCAACAGGGACUCCUAUAGUGAUUGUAACAGCAACAGGAACUCCAUAGCGUCCUUCACCAGCAUCUGCAGCAGUCACUGCAGCUCUUACGUCCACAGUGAUGAGAUGGACUCAGGUGACGAGGUACCAACCAGUGUGUGGAUAUCUCACGACAAACAGAAGAAGCUACACGGCUUCCUGGAGCAUCUGUUCAGUCAGGUGGAGUCCAUCACCAGUUUGUUGAAAGGAGCAACUGUGACACGAGCCUUUGAACAGACCAAGUGUUUCACUCCGGGACGAGGACUUCAAGAGUUUCAUCAGGACAUGGAGCCUAAGCUCAGCUGCACCAAGAAACUGAGGCUUCAUGUCAAGCAGGAUCCGUGGAACCUGCCCUGCAGCAUUCAGGCUCUCACACACACCAUCGCCAAGUUUGCGGAAGAGGUGAAAACACGGCUACUCUUAGUCCUUCUGCAAUACACAGACUCAGAGAUUCAGUUGAGGAGGGAUAUGGUGUUUAGUCAGAGUCUGGUGGCAGCGGUUUGCUCUUUCUCAGAGCAGUUGUUGGCCGUGCUAAAUCAAGCUCUCGGCGCUGAGAGUGAAAGUCAAGAAGCCAGUCGCCGCUGGCUGGAGCAGAUCUCCUCGGCCGGUCUUCUGCUGCAUUUCCAAUCUCUGCUCUCCCCCAACUUGACGGAUGAGCAGGCCAUGCUAGAAGACACACAAGUUGCUCUUAUAGACCUGGAGAAGGUCACAUUCUUCUUCCGGCAGUUUGAAGGCGAGCCUCUUGUUGCUAACAUGCCCAUCUCAUACCAAGUUGAGGGCACACGGCAGGCUUUGAAAGUCUGUUUCUACCUAGAGGCAUUCUACUUCCAGCAGUUACCCCAGAGACUAAGAUAUGGCGGUAGCUUCAAAAUUUACCCCGUCCUGUUCACCCAGGCUUUGGAGAGCAUGGAGGGAUAUUAUUACCGAGAAAAUGUGUCAGUGGAAGAAUAUCAGGCCCAAAUCAAUGCUGGAUCCCUGGAGAAGGUCAAGCAGUACUACAAGAGACUCAGGGCCUUUUAUCUGGAUAAAUCGAACCUUUACCACAGCUCGGCUCCCAAAGCAGCCUUCAUAGACAAGCUGAUGCGUCCUCUGAAUGCUCUGGAUGAGUUGUACAGACUGAUGGAAAGUUUUAUCUCGUGUCGGCGGACGGCUGCGUGCCAUUUCACAGCCUGUGGAGCGUCUGGAGUCGGGCUGCUCACCGUGGCCUCGGAGCUUUGCAGCCGCCUGGGAGCAUGUCACAUCGUCAUGUGUAACAGCGGAGUACACCGGUCAGCCUGGGUUACACACACAUACACUCACACUCCUCCUUUCCCUUCUGUCCGACAGGCAUCAGGCAUUCUCCAAGGACGCUGUCUAAGUGGAACGCUUCUGUUUUUCCCUCCCCUAUCCUUUUUCCUUUCUGUCUGUAGCUCGGAGCAAUUUACUUCCUGUCACUUAUGUCCUUUAUCCUGUUUUCCUCUCUGCAGCCUCAAUCUUUCUUCAGUUUUGGCUGGGUUUUUGGGGGGUUUAUGUCAAUUGUUCUGUUGCAGUCUUUCUCUUUUCUGUCUCUCCUCAUCAUACAAUCUAAUAUUCAAUUUCCUCUUUUGUAUGAAUAUGUAAUAAUCCUCAUUACAUGCUCAUUUAUCAUUCCAUAAAUACACCUUUCUCUGCACUAAUCAUUCAUCCAAAGCGAUUAUGAAUAUUCUGCAUCUCAGAUCUACAUUUAGAAGGUCUCACUUAAUCUUUUCAGAGAUGGUCCAGACAGCUCUUUUUCUCUAAGGGCUGAUUUGUGAUCUUGAUCUCAAAUGAGGGGACACAUUUUAUUAAAUUCAAGACCAAUUUUAGUAUCACCCAGAGGUGAUGUACUUACUUCCUGAAGUCAGCAGUUCAAGUUCUUUUGU